UGGAUUUUUUCCCCUCUAACCUGGGCAGCAGCAUUAGGAAGUUCUCAGAGGGCACAGAGGUUACCAGGGGGGUGGGGGGAAAGUAACAUUUUGUAUCUUUGUAUUCCGGUGGGGGAAUUUAAAACUCCCUUUAACCUUCGUUUAUAUUACUUCCUUUGGAAUUCUGGAUAUACAGCUGAGAAGCAUCUGAAAUUUGAUCUAGAACCCUGUUAAAACAAACUGAACAUUGUGACCUGCUUUGGGUGAUGCCAGAAAAAGAUCUUUCGACAAAGCAUGUAGGGAUGGAAACUUUGGGUAGCACUGGCAGUUGUGACAGUAUGGAGAGUAUCUCUUCCAACCACUCUGCUUUGAGUGGGGAUAGCUAUGAUUACUUGUCUGCAGAAGAGCGAGAAUGUUUGAUGUUUUUGGAAGAAACAAUAGAUUCUUUGGAUAAUGAUGUAGACAGCGGACUGUCAAACGAUGAAUUGGAGUCUGCUCAGACAAUUCCCAGUCCGCCUCCUGUGGAACCUGUAAAAAUUUCCCCUCCUCAUGGUGAUAAGGAAACCUUACCAAAAAGCACAAAAAUAGAGGAGAAAAAAGGUGAUCGUGUGUCUGUAGAUUUAAAUAAAAUCAUCCCACCUAGGCAAGGAUACCACAGCUUCCCAAGAAUCAUUCAGCCACUGAAGGAGGAUGUUUCAAAGUAUUCAGCUGAAUCUGUGCUGACAGGACCCAAUCUAGAUCAGGAGAAAUCUCUUUAUGGUAAACCAAGAAGUUUGACUUCUGUUAGUCAACGAGAUAAAGAAGAUUCCAUUUCAGAUCUCCUCUUAUUGCCACCACCUGAGCCAUUCAGAGAUCCUCAGUUUGUUGAUAAGAGGCGUUCUGUUACUGAUCCAACAGAUGCUCGUGAAGCACGGUAUGAAAGAUUUUUUCCAAAAUUGUCAGUAACUUCUGGACAUAAAGAGGCCCCACCUGCUGUUGGGUAUUCUAAUACCAAAGUAACACCACCAGUAUUUCCAAAACCUUUGUCUUCAAAUCCAUUGAUUGCUCACUCACAGGAAGCACUCAAUGCUUCUUUAGAAAAAAAUGGUGAUGGACAAUUCAAGCAGGGCCCGCCCACAGCACCCAAGCCUCGCAAACUGCCACCACAUAUAGUUAUAAAACCUAGUACUGGAGGUGGGGUGGCACAAAAUCUUGAGCCGCAACAGAGGCCAAGAACCUUUUCAGCACAUGAAAGGAAUAUGGACAAAAGUGGGGAGUCCAUCCAUACAAAGAUUCCACAUUCUAAGGAGCAAGAAGGGGCACGACGGGAAGCUUUAAAGAAGCUGGGUUUGUUGCAAGAAAAGGAAAGUACUAAUGAUAAUGCCGCUAGUAAAUUACAUGUGCCAACCAAAACCAAAGAGAUUUCAGUUUCUCAGGGACUGAUGUCGCAUGGUCACAAAGAUACAUAUGGAAAGAGUGUAAACCUCAAUCAACAAGAAAAACCUAAUAUACUCGGAACAAGCCCUGUGCAAUCAUCAGCUCUUUCUGCUCAGAUUGGACAUGACAAUGUUGCUGUGAAGGAAGAUUUGGGUAAAAGAAGAUUAAGUGGAAAAUCUAACUCCUUGGAGAAGGCAGAUGAGCUUGGGGUUAGUGCUUCCAUAAAUGAAGGCUCUCCCAGUAGUGUAAGAAAUAAUGAAAUAAGUAGAAACAAAUUUAGUGUGAAAAUGGUUCCCCAGGUAAAGGUAGAUGAUAAUGUGGAUGGACCUGCCCAUCUUCCUAAAGAAGUUCUUAGAAAAAAUGAUGGGUCUUUCAAGAAUGGAAAAGUGAACAUAAAUAUAAGCUCAUCUACUCUGAAAUCAAAUAUCCAAGAGAAAGCAAAUGAAGGGCAGCAAGUGCCCCAUAUUUCUGCAACUACACCUGAGCUUCAAGCCAAACCUGACAAACUUUCAGAUAAGAAAAUCAAAGAGGGUUCUUUGGAAAAUGUACACUUAAUGAGUACCAGUCCUGGCAAAACAUUUAGUUUUCCAAGGCCGAAAGAAAUAUCAAUUUCCUCCACCAGUCCUAAAGUUGUAUUAAGAGAAGGAAAAAGUAAAACACCUGAUAAAAACAGACACAGCACUCAUUUUGAGCCUUCUGGUGAACAAGUCCUAAGGUUUCCUCAAAGCUCAGUGCCUGGCCUAAGGCAAAUUAAUAUUAAAUCAAAUACAUUGGAGCGUUCAGGUAUUGGUCUCAGCAGCUCCAUUCCAAAUACUGAUGGCCAGGUUCAAAAAGGAGGCAACUCUUUCUUCAAAAAACCACUUUUCUCUGGCAACUUCUUGCGGAAUUCCAGGCCUCGUCCUGCUUCCUUAGGCACUGGGAAAGACUUUAUUGGAAUGGAACCCCCUCCAACAGAGGCAGAAGUUACAGAGGGCCGUCGUCACUUAUUUUCCAGGCGCUCUAACCCUGCUGCUCCUGUCACCACUGUCAAGAUUACUCCUAAGGGAUCUGCUGAUGAACACCAUAAGGAAGCUUUAAAAAAACUUGGUAUUCUUAAGGAAUAGGAUCUGUGGUCAUGUAAAAACCUCCUGUUGCAUUGGAAUGUUUGCCGGAAAGGCUACAUUGACAGUGUUUUUCUUUUUUUUAAUUUAAAUAGCACUUUUGUUCUGAAUGUGAAUAGUGGGUGAUUGCACUGACAGAAUCACUGGACUCAUUUUGACUCUGUGCAGCACAGGUUUAAUUCAGGCGUUAUUGCCUUACCUUUUAUGAUGUAGUGUAAGCCAAUUGCUAAAGAAAAUUAGCAAUUUCACAAGCUCGUUUUUGUCAUUCUGAAACUGUAUGCUGCCCCUUUUUAUAUAUUAAAGCUGCAAAAUAUCUUAUGUGUAUAUAUCUUUAAGUGUUUAAAAUGGGUUUCAAUUGAAAUAGUUUAGAUAUUACAAUACUUUGAAUAUAUUAUUAAUUAUAAUUUUUAACCUUUAUGCUUUCUUGGAAGGUCUUUUGUUUUUGACUCUCUUUCCCGCAAAUACUCUAUAGCCAUACCAAGUGCAGUACUGUACCACCAGUCAUAAGUCAACUUUUACUAUGCCACACCUGGGAACAAAUCUUGGCAAAACAAGUUUCCCUAAAAACAAUGCAUUGUAAAAGUCAUUAAAAAAAUAUAUAUCAAUUUAUAUGCUCCAACUCUUCUUAAUAAUCUUACAUGAACUUUACUACUUUGUAUUUCCAUAUGUGCUAUGCACUGUGAAUUUUAACACUGCUCUAUUAUACAAUUUGCCAUUUACUACGUUUAUUUAUAAAUCUCUUUUACAGUUGGAAUCUUCUGCUGUAGACUAUCAUAAUCUCUAUCUGGAGGAAUAGUUUGGGUUGUUGUGCUUAGAUGUACUUCUUCUGUAUGUAAAUGAAUGUAUAAAGGCUGUUUAACCUAUUUGCUGCUGCCAAAAUGAUUUUGAGAGAGAUUGUAUGUGAACAAGGCAAAUAUCACCCCCAUCACAAACAAAUUUAACAUACAAACCACUAGCACUAUCCUAUUCUGGAGGUUUCUGUUUUGAGACUUUAUGGACUUUUAGCUCUUGAAAAUCCUCUCUAAAUGUAUAUUUUUAAUUGAUUUUACCAGGUUUCAGGAGCAAACUUAUCUUUUAUGGUGUAUGUAAUCCAUUUAGUGUAACUUUGUAGACUUGUUUUGUCAUUUAUUUGUUUUCUGAUCCCCUGAAUCUAAAUGUAAAUUACUCAUGCCAAUAAAACCUUUUAAUUAACAUA